CUCACAUUUCUCCCUAACGGGUUAACUUUACUUCAAUGGCUUGAAUUUCCAUUUUCCUUGCCAUCCAAAUAUUAUCCUCAACAACUUGUUGCACUUGAGAUGCCAAGUAGUCAUAUUAGAUUGGAGACAACAUUCAAAUUGGGAAUCCAGUUAAAAUAUUUAAAAUAUAUUGAUUUCAACAGGUGUGAGUUCAUUACAGAAUUACCUGAGUUGUGUGCCCCAAACCUAGAAAAAAUGGAUCUUUCCUAUUGUCAGAAUUUAGUUAAGGUUCAUGAGUCUGUUGGAUUUCUUGAUAAGCUUAAGAUAUGGAAACUCCAAGGUUGUGGAAAACUUCAAAUUCUUCCGAACAACCUAAGGUUAAAAUCUCUUGAGGAGUUUCUUCUUAUAGACUGCUUAAGGCUUGAGAAGUUUCCUAAUAUUGAUCCAGAAAUGAAAUGUUUAAGGCAAUUAUAUUUACGUGGGACUGGUAUUCGAGAGUUGCCUUCAUCGAUCAAGUACCUCACUAGGCUUUGUAACUUAGACUUAAACGAUUGCAAAAACCUUAGUUAUCUUCCAGAUAACAUUUACAAAUUACAACUUCUUACUAUACUAGGUAUUCACACUGCCAAAUUGAGACAGACGUCCGAUUAUUUGGAUGGCCUUUCGAGAAUUGGGUUUUUGAUGUUGGAUUUCUUGAGUUUCAGGGGCAAUAAAAAUAUAAUUGAAUUAGAUUUUUUGAUGAAACCCGAGUACUUCCCUGUAUUGAAAGAUCUAGAUCUAAGUGCAACUAAUAUUGUUAGCAUCCCAGAAAGCCUUGGCAGAUUUACUACAUUAGAGUACCUUGAUAUAAGACGUUGCAAGCAGCUUCGGGAAAUUCCAAGGCUUCCACAAUCUGUGCAAAUUGUGAAUGUAAGCAAUAGCUGUUCGUUGAAUCCACAAUCCUCAAGCAGAUUAUUGAAUCAGAUUGGAGAGUUUUUAGGGAUUUUUCCAAAUAAAGGUUGCAAGGGAACAAGAAGCAGGAUAUUAACGGAUCCACAAACAUCAUCAACCGAAAUAUUGGAUAAGGUUCGUCACUAUCGCUCAGUUUUGCCUGACAUGGACUCUAAACCUGAAGAUGAUGAAUUUAUAAUUAGACUACCAGGAACUGAGAUUCCAAAGUGGUUGAACUUGAACCAUGAGAGUGAUGGAAAUGUCAUAUCAUUCUGGGUUGGUCGCACAUUUCCAAAUAUUUUUGAUGUUUGUUUUGCUUUUGGACCGGUGAAAUAUCCAUGGAUGUCUUCCUGUUAUGUUGACCUUUCCAUCAAUGGCUGUAAAAAAGAGAACCUUAGUUCAACUCCUACAAGUGAAUUCUCCGACCAUCUGUGGAUAUUUUCUUUAUCUAAUAACAAAAUGCAGAACCGAUUGAAUAAGUCAAACCCAUCUGAACAAAAUUACGUUGAGGUAACAUGUGAAAUGGAGGAUUGGGUUAAAAACCGUCCACGAAGGUGGGGGGUCCGUGUAGAGUGCAUCUGUUGUUCCCAAAAAUCUAAUGUUUUUCAGUUGCCGAGUCCAAGUGCUAGGCAUAGUUGUGGGUCUUCCUCAGUCCCUCUUUUACCCACUUCUAGUUGUGGCACUGAUAUGGAUCAAUGGGCUUUCAAUAAUGGAGGAGAUUCUAGACAUCAGCCAAGAAGAAACCAUCGACCACCACCCUAUGCCAGACGUCCCCAAAAACACUACCUGUCCCACUUCGGAUGGCUUCGAAUCCGAUAUCGUCUCUGGAAACGGAGCUCUCGUCCAACCCGAAUUCAAACUACAACGCUCCAGUCCAGGGCUCUAAUAAGGGAAUUGGAAGAGAUAGAUCCCAGGUCUUUCAACAAUGGAGAAGAAGAUUCAGGGCUUUCAAUGGCCCACACUUUUGUCGAUGAUUGUUCCAACUCCAAGUUGUGUCCACCAUCAAAGUGGACAAGAAAAUCUUGAUUGAAUUCGAUGCCAAGCCCAUGAUGGAUCUAUGCAAGCUUUGUUCAAUGCGAUACAAGAGCUUCUUAAUGAUUUUGCAUGUUCCAUUGUUCUUAAUCUCUUGCAGAAUCAUGUAAAACCUUAUAUCUGAAUUAUUAUUUUGUUUAAAAAAUAAUAUUCUCCGUAGAUAGU